ACCAGCCUGGUCUACAGAAUUCUAAGACAGCCAAGGCUACACAAAGAAACCCUGUCUCAAGAAGAAAAAAAAAAAAGAUACUCUGCCAAAUUGUGAUAUUUUGUUGUGACUCUAGAUCUGGGAUUUAGCUUUAAGUUUAUUAAUUUUACUCUACAGAAGUAAUUUUUGGGGCCAGCAAGAUAGCUCGGUGGGAGCCAGGCGUUGGUGGCUCACACAUUUAAUCCCAGCACUUGGGAGGCAGAGGCAGGUGAAUCUCUGAGUUCCAGGGCAGCCUGGUCUACAGAGCAAGUUCCAGGACAAUCUCUAAAGCAAUACAGAGAAGAAAAAAAAUGGUGGGUAAGGCACUUGCUGCUGCACCUCAUAACUCCCAGUGAGUUGCUUUCUGGCCACAUGGGCACAAAAUAUUUUAAAGUGUAGUAUUUUUAAAGAAGUCAUUUUUGGUAACAAUGUUUAAUGAGAGGCUUGGUAAUUAAAAAUUUAUGUGGACCAUUAAAUUCUCAUUAAAGGAGUCCUUAAGAUUAAAUUGUAGACUUUUUCUAGGAUUUCUUUAAAAUCAUAGUAAAAUUAAAGUUUAUACUAUCUCAGAGCAAGACCUGGUGCUUAAUGUAUAAAGAGACUUUGGUGGGUGCAUAAAAAUGUUGUGACCACUGCACUUCCACAGUGCCAUAGUUGAAUGUUAUGUUAAAGUCUGGUUUAUAGGAAGGAAAGCUAAAAGAAAGACAUUCUCCUGGUUCAGAUUUUGGACCAUCCCCUUUACUUCAAUUAUAAACAAAAUCAAUACUUUUCUUUUUCUUAAGUACUAUAUAUGUUGCUCCAGGCAACUGUCUAGAAAAUUUAGAGUAAGAUAUGAAGGACUUAACACUGGAAAGGUUGGGGGGGCGGUGGUGGCACAUGCCUUUGAUCCCAGCACUUGGAAGGCAGGGGCAGUAAGAUAUCUCUGAGUGUGAGGUCAGCCUGAUCUACAAAGUAAGUUCCAGGACAGCCAGGGCUGUUACACAGAAACACUGUCUUGAAAAAUAACAACAAAGCACUGGAAAGGUUGUCAUUAACCAGGAAGAUAAUGGGUAGAGUUCUUGAUAAGCAAAUGUUUUGAUAUUAAACUUCAAUGAAAGGGGUUAGGUAUAUAGCUCACUUGAUAAGGUGCUUAUCUAGCACCAGGCCCUGUUCAGUCCCCAGCACAAUGUAAAACCAAGUUUGGUUGUACAUGCCCAUGUUUGCUUGGGAGGGAAAUAGAGGCAGGAGAUGUGGCAUAAAUGAAAAUUGGUAUGAAUUUGUACAUUUGUUAAGAUCGGGCUAAUUCUUUGCAUUAAUAACUGAGUGUUAAGUGGAUGGAGAAACCAAAUUUUGGGUUCUAUUUUGGUUAUGUGGAUUACUAUGGUUUUUAGUCAGUUACUAAUUAUUUGAUAAAUUUUUACGUAGAACUAACUUCAGAGACUAGUUUGCCAUGGAGGAGAUGUCUAUUUCUCUGCAAGAGUAUACAUUGGUGUGCAUAAAUACAAAAGUGGUGGGAUCAAGGACAAUUGUCAUGAUACACAUUUUGUUCGUACUUUAUGGUGUAAGUGGUGUCUCAAACAUCAACGGCAUCUAUUUCAGGAAUUUACCAGUCAAAGCGAAGGGCUGUUAGAAACUUUGUGCUCUCCCUUUAGUUUUUAUGUGCUUGUCUUCAAAACACAUCUUUCUGGUUAAUCAGAAUGAGUGGAAACAGCAGUCAAAAUUGGGAGGUGCAAUUUUACUAAUUUGUUAUGUCUUUGAUCUCCGGCAUGUGUGCUGUCAUGUGAGUUCAGAUGGUGUGUAUAGCCACUUUGGCCUGGGAUGCUUUGCUUCAGCCGUACCUGAAUUUCUUAAGUGUGGCUUAUUGAAAGUUAAUUCUAAGAUCAGUAAGAGCUUUCAGCCUGUAAAAUAGUGGAAAAUGAAUAUUUAGGUGGGGGGAAUUGUAGUUUAUGUUUGAAUUACAUUUAUAUUAAAAUUAGGGACUAGAAUGGACAUGAAAGGGGAGGAGGGUAAAGAAUAUGGUUAAAAUCUUAGAGAAAUUCAGUAAAUUCUGUUAGACUACACAUUUUUAAAUACUAUGAAAAUUUGGUUUUUUUAAUUUAUUUUUAAAUAAACUAGUUAUUUGCACUUUACCUGCUGGCCUUUCCAUUUGGUAGAUAACAUUCUGAACUCCAGCAGAGUUUUAUAAUCCCCACGUGCUUAAAUAUACUAAAUGUUCUUUUUCCAUUAAGGUUAAUGUUCGUGAAGAAAUUGAAGAGUUUUUUCCAAGAAUGUGGAAGAUAAAUCAAGAUAAAAGAAGGCUAAUGAAAAGUAUUAAAGAUCAGAAAAUUAAAAUUGAAUGGGGGAAAAAAUUGAACAGAAGAUUGGUCAGAUAGAAGCUCUUGAAUAUUUUUAAGGCUAUUUUGAAUUGUUUGAAUUGGGGAAGAAUACACGAAGUAUGAAAAAUGAAAAACUCAAUGAAGAAUGAAGAGAAGUAGAAAGCAAGAGUGAAGUAGAAUUAAAAGAAUCUGGAAGAAUGAAUGGGUCCUAGGUUAAGUAAAUGUAUGGUUUAUGUUCCAGUGUCUGUAUGAUCAAGUUGUAGAUGAAUUUGCAUGAUUACUUAGUUAAUAGAAAAUUGAUGAUCUGGUUCAAGUAGGGAAUUAUUGAGGACAGUUAGCAGUAUUAACAAUGGGAUAUUAAUGAGCUGAAAUUUUUUUCUGGAGGGUGUUGCCUAACCAUUUGUUUUUCAGGAGCAAUCAAUAUAAAUAAUUACGGUAUUUUAAAUGUUAGGUGGUAGGCAUCUACUUGACCAGUGCCAUUUGUAAUACUGUCUUCUUUGUUAGGAGUCUCGCUCUCAGUCAAAAUCUCCAACGGGAACUCCUGCUCGAGUAAAAUCAGAGAGCAGGUCAGGAUCUCGUAGUCCAUCAAGGGUUUCCAAACAUUCUGAAUCCCAUUCUCGAUCAAGAUCAAAAUCCAGGUCAAGGUCAAGGAGGCAUUCUCAUAGACGCUACACUCGGUCCAGGUCUCAUUCUCAUAGGAGACGAUCUCGAAGUAGAUCCUAUACACCAGAGUAUCGUCGACGAAGAAGUCGGAGUCACUCUCCAAUGUCUAAUCGCAGAAGACAUACAGGCAGCAGGGCAAAUCCAGAUCCCAAUACUUGCCUGGGAGUGUUUGGCCUCAGUUUGUACACAACAGAGAGAGAUCUUCGUGAAGUGUUUUCUCGAUAUGGACCAUUGAGUGGUGUGAAUGUGGUUUAUGAUCAGCGAACUGGGAGGUCACGUGGAUUUGCUUUUGUGUAUUUUGAGAGGAUAGAUGACUCUAAGGAGGCUAUGGAAAGGGCGAAUGGGAUGGAGCUGGAUGGUAGAAGAAUUCGUGUGGAUUAUUCUAUCACCAAGAGAGCACACACGCCUACACCAGGCAUUUACAUGGGCAGACCAACACAUAGUGGUGGUGGCGGUGGAGGAGGAGGCGGCGGAGGAGGAGGAGGAGGCGGCGGUGGCAGACGACGAGAUUCUUACUAUGAUAGAGGAUAUGACCGAGGCUAUGACAGAUACGAAGACUAUGAUUAUCGGUACAGAAGGUCGCCUUCUCCGUAUUACAGUCGCUACAGGUCAAGGUCAAGAUCUCGUUCCUACAGCCCAAGACGCUAUUGAUAAUGAAGCAGUUAUGGCUAAGGACUUUCCUUUCCUUUUUUGAUUCUGGAUUUAUGAGCUUCCGAUGCUUCCUAGUCCUCAAAACAAAACAACAAAAAAACCCUUGGUUUAUUUCAUCUAUAGUGUGGCCAGUUGUGUUACUGUUUUCCAUCCUUUGUUAUACUCUUAAAGGUGUAAUUGUCAUUUAAGUCGUCCAACAUCUGAGAAAAAAGGAGCCCGCUGUUAUGCUUUGUGGUUCUUUGCCUUUACAGGGGACUAACUCCCUACUAGGAGGGAAGAAAUGGCCGUCUUUUGAAAGCUUUUGUGAUGGGUAGUGUAGUAGACGUCCUAUUAGAACCCUGCAGUCGUGACAAACUGCUUUUUAACCUUCUUGGGGAAGAUCACUUUAAGUAGAUGAGUCACGUCAGGUUGUCUAGAGUGGCCUGGAACAGAGUUGAGUGUAGAAAGUUUGAAGCUAUAGGAGAAACUAUGAAGAAUGUAACUUUGACCCUAAAAAAUUAAGUCACCUUUUAGGAAUUAAAGCUUGUAGAUUCCUAUAAAACAUGUUAUGUUUGAAGUUACGUGUUAAACCUUAUAAACUUAAAGUGUGAUUUUUGUGUUAAAUUUACAGAAACUUAAGUAUUCCCUUAAUCACUGAAGGACAAAAAUUAUUUAUUACCUAGAACAACUGUAUAACUUGCUGUUAGAAAUUUUGGUAUUGGGUUAUUGGUUUUGUGGGUUAUUGUAUAGUAUAGAAUCCUAAAAUACAUGUGGGGAAGAGUAAUUUCAAAUAAAAGUUAAUUUGAAAAGGGA